GCCUGUUUUGAUUAUGGGUUUGAUUGGCACAGCUAUCAGCAUGAUUGUUUUCGGAUUUGCCCCCAAUCUGCCAACCGCCAUGAUUGCUCGAGCGCUUGGCGGUCUCCUCAACGGAAACAUCGGAGUUCUUCAAACGACCGUUGCGGAGAUCGUGACUGUCAAGGAGCAUCAACCUCGGGCUUACUCGAUCAUGCCAUUUGUUUGGUGCCUGGGGUCGAUCAUAGGACCAGCUAUGGGUGGUGCGUUGGCACAGCCCUGCCAGAAUUAUCCCGGAUUGUUCCAGCGCCAUACAAUCUUCGACAGCUUCCCAUUUCUGCUGCCCAACCUCGUCUGUGUUGUCGUCCUGGUCUUUGGGGUUAUCGUCGGCUUCUUGUUCCUUGAGGAGACUCAUCCGGAGAAACGAUACCGCCGUGACCCUGGUCUCGAGCUGGGCAAUUGGCUCGUCGCCCAAUGCUCGGGCUCCCGCGUGCAACUGACAGAGGAUGACACGGGCAUCAAAGUGGAAGCCAACGAAGCUGAUUAUUUCGACUACGGCGAUGUCCCUCCACCAGAGUACAGAAGCACCGAAACAUCGCCUCAGCUGGCCCCCCACAGCGUCUCCUUUGAUCAACUUAUGCCCGUUUUUCUCAGCACCCCUAAAUCCGAUGACAACUUCGUCCUGCCAUUCAAAUUCACCGGCGGCCUUGGUCUUCCCACCAAGACGAUCGGUUUUAUGCUCGCAGUACAAGGCGUUUACUCUAUGAUUGCCCAACUGUGGCUAUUUCCUUUUGUCGUUCGCCAUUUUGGAACAUUGCGAACCUUCCGAUUCGUUCUGCUCGUUUGGCCACCACUCUACAUGCUUGUCCCAUACCUCGUUCUUCUGCCUUCAAUACUGCAGACAGCAGCAGUCUACCUGGCACUCAUCAGCAAAAUUACUUUGCACGUCAUUGCGUUUCCCUCUACUGCUAUUCUGCUUGCCAAUGCUGCUCCAUCUUCCAAGGUUCUCGGUUCGAUCAACGGUGCUGCCGCCUCGACUGCGAGUCUUAGUCGCGCCUUGGGACCAACAAUCACGGGUCUGUUGCACUCCAAGGGCCUCGAAAGCGGAUACUCGAUUAUCGCAUGGUGGGCCUGUGGCCUCGUUUGCGUCACCGGUACCAUCCAGAGCUUCUGGAUGGAGGAGAGCGAGCCGCGGAGAGACAGCGAGAAGGCUGGCAACAGUGACUCGACUGCAGGAAACCCUAUGCGGAGCUCCUUCACUGCAGGCAAAGAGUAUGCCACGCCCGAAGAGGAACGCAGACUGCUCUCUUCUACGCGGACCAGCGUCGAUGAUUUGGACAUUGCCAACCUAGAUUUGACGCAAGUCGAACCAGCACCCCGGUCGAAUCAACUUGCAUUUGCCGAGGACUGAAAAUAAUGUCCUUCGCGCAUUAACAUGCGCUAGAUUCUCCUUCUAUCCUCGCUUCCCUUCAUAAUGCAUCCUCGUCAGGACUAUGAACUGGUGGUUGGGUGGUGUCGAGAUUCCACUCUUUCUUUCGCUUCUUCGCUGUUCUCACAUUUCUCUAUUUCGAGCCAUGCAUUUCUCUUCCCUUUUCCUCUCUUAUUCUAGAACAUGAUUCCAAGACGGGCGAUGGCGCAGUUUCCUUUUUUUCUAUAGAUUGCAUGCAUUUCAGAAGCGCGGGGUCUUGUCUGUUUUUCUUGUCUUUUGUUCGGGAUCAUCACCAUGGGCAUUAUUGGGUACACAUCAUGUCAUGCAUCUGGGCGGCUUUUGUCAUUAUUUAUCAUAUCCUAGCACCUUGAGUGCUAAAUCCACUUUCAGUUGAAGGGAAGACUUGCAGUCGACCCUCCUUUCCGGCCACCGAAACUAUCACCACUUU